AUGGCGACAACUGAGACCAAGCGAGCUCUACCUCCAAAGGUCGCGGCAAUGAAGGCUAGAAAGCGACAAAAGCUGGAGGGCCCCAAGGCUGGACAGAAGACAGCCACAACCAAAUCUUCAAACGCGGCGCCACCAAAAUCGGAAAAAGUGCGUCUGGACGAUCUGGCAUGGAACGAUGUCGAAAUGCCCGAUAGAUUGGAUGAUUUUGAAGGUUUCUACGGUCUUGAAGAAAUUGAUGAUGUGGAUGUUGUCAAGGACGAUAAUGGCAUUGUUUCUUAUCGGGCUAUUAGCGACAAGGCNUACAAAAAGAGAGCCGCUCCGGAAGAGUCAGAAGAUGACGGUGAAGAGUUCACUGGGUUCGGCGACGAUGAUCAGGAGGAAGAAGAUAAGGAAGAAGGCGGUGCUAUGGUUAUUGAAACCGUCACUCCAAGAUCUGCUCCCGAGCUUGAGGAAGGAGAAACCUGGGAAGACAGAAAGAAGAAGCAGAAAGAGUUGCAGAAGCAGCAAUUGAAGGAGAAGAAGCAGAAGGAGAAGAAAGAGAAGAACCAAAAGGAAAAGAAAGAGAAGAAGGAAAAGAAGCCGAAAGCAGAGAAGAAGGAUGCUACUACCCAGGCGGAAGUUGGAUCCACCGCAUUUGCAAACCUUCUCGACGAAGAAGAGGACGAAGGUGCUGAUAUUACCGCAUGGCGCCCUCUGAACCUCUCGGACGAUACCCUUGGAGCUCUGUCGAAGAUGAAGUUCCACCAGCCAUCGGCAAUCCAAAAAGCCGCUAUCCCUGAAAUUUUGGCAGGCCACGAUGUCAUCGGAAAGGCCAGUACCGGAUCUGGAAAGACAUUAGCCUUUGGUAUUCCUAUUUUGGAGCGUUAUCUGGAGAUGCAGAAGAUUGCUGGGAACAACAAGAAGAAGGCCAAUAGCGAGGAAGAGGCUGCUCGCAAACCUGCUUUGGCUUUGAUUCUCUCCCCCACUCGUGAACUCGCUCACCAGAUUUCCACACAUCUCACCACUCUGUGCUCUGGUCUCGACAAGGCACCCUGGAUCGCAACACUCACUGGUGGUCUUUCCAUGGCAAAGCAGCAAAGACAACUCAAGAACGCAGACAUUAUUAUCGGUACUCCUGGACGUCUGUGGGAAAUCAUCAGUGGUGGCCAUGGUGUGCUCAAGUGGCUGAAGCAGAUCCAGUUCCUCGUCAUUGAUGAAGCCGACAGACUGCUCAGUCAAGGUCAUUUCAAGGAGCUCGAGGAGAUUAUCAAUGUUCUCGACCGCAAAGACGAUUUCAAGGCCGAGGAACAUGAGGAUGAGGAUGAGGCACCCGAGGUGGUCGAGGAGGUCGAGAGGCAAACGCUCGUCUUCUCUGCUACCUUCCAUAAGGGCUUGCAGCACAAACUCGCAGGCAAGGCCAAGCCCGGUGCUGGUCUGAUGGACAAGAAGGAGAGUAUGGAGUAUCUGCUCAAGAAACUCAACUUCCGCGAGGAGAAGCCCAAGUUCGUCGACGUCAACCCGAUCAGUCAAAUGGCUUCUGGCCUCAAGGAAGGUAUGGUUGAGUGCGGCGGUACAGAGAAGGUUUGUUCUUAUAACUACUCAUGUACAAACGCCACAGAACUAACAGCUCUUCUANNGGAUCUUUAUUUGUAUGCCCUUCUCCUGCUACACCCUAACGCCAGAACGAUCGUGUUCUGCAACUCUAUCUCCGCCGUGCGUCGUCUGACACCAUUCUUGCAAAACCUGCAACUUCCAGUUCACGCUCUGCAUUCGCAAAUGGCACAGAAGGCACGUCUUCGUGCCAUCGAGCGUUUCACUUCAAACAACCAGAACAAGACCAACCACAAGGGCUCUAUUCUUCUUGCCACCGAUGUCGCCGCUCGUGGUCUCGAUAUCCCCAACGUCAACUUGGUCAUCCACUACCAUCUUCCUCGCGCUGCAGACAACUACGUCCACAGAUCUGGUCGUACUGCUCGUGCUGGCGAGACUGGCUCUAGUAUUUUGAUCUGUGGACCUGAAGAAGUGGCUGGUACGCGCAGAUUGAUCGCAAAGGUUCACGCCAGCUCCGCAGCUGCAGGUGCCGAGCCAGCCAACGAUGCAGCAAAGAAUGGCUACUUCAUCCGCAGUCUGGACAUUGAUCGUCGUGUCGUCAGCAGACUGAAGCCUAGAGCAAACUUGUCGAAGAAACUGGCCGAUACUACCAUUGCAAAGGAGAAGAAGCACAGUGAAGAUGACUUCUUGAGGCAAGCGGCUGAAGAUCUGGGUGUCGACUAUGACUCUGAAGAGUUCGAGAAUGCACCUGGUAAGAGGGGUAGAGGCGCUGGCAGAAUCAAGAAGGAAAGAGAAGCAAGAGGCUUGACCAAGGCUGAGACUGGUGCACUUAGAGCCCAGCUGAGGGAUAUGUUGAGUACGAGAGUCAAUGUCGGUGUUAGUGAGAGGUACCUGACUUCGAGCGGUCUCGAUAUUGAUUCUUUGUUGCAACAGCAAGAGGCUGGUGUGCACGGAGAGUUCUUGGGCACUGUCGCAGAUCUCAUGGAGUAG